GUGAAAGAGAUGAGCUGCCAGUCCACACAGUCACACAGUGCCUCUUUGCAUUGCCCACCACUACUGGGUUGGUUGUUGUUCCCUUCCUCUUUUGCAAUCUUUUCUUUUUCUCUACUUCAUUUUUUUUUUUGGUUUGGUUUCCCCACAAUUCCAAAUACAAAGGGCCUAAAUUCAUCACUUUCCCGAUGCGCCCUUUCCUCCAUUGCUAAACAACAAAAGAUCCUCUCUUGUUCUUGUAUCUUCUUUCGUACGGUUGUUCUUUGUCUUCCCUUGUCUCACCUCUCUGCUUCCUCUGUUCUUUUUCCCCCUUUUCUCAUUUCUGCUACUAGUCUCCACCCUGUAUUACUACUUUUAUCCUCACCAACAUUUAUUUCUUUCACUCGGAAAGUUUCGUUCCUACUAUUAGUCUCAAAGACUCAAAAAACCCUGUUGAAAAACUUUUGUUAGCCCUCCGAAACCCAGCUUCAGAAGCUCAAAUUGGUCAGAUUUUCGUUUUUUCUUUCGGGAAUUACUGUUGGUUCUAGGGCUGUGGUUAUCUUCAAUCAGCCCUUUUUAGGGCCAAUAUUAUUUCACAGUAAAGAAUGUUGCUCGCCUUUUGGAAUCUUUGAAGGUCUCUUGCCGUGGAGGGAAGAUGUCGCCGGAGGCGGCAAGUGUGGUGGUGGAGGAUGGAGUGGAGUAUGCUUUUGCCAUGGAGUAUCUGGGCCCGCCAAUUACCGGCGAGAUUCCGCGGGCGUUGCCUAUAAAUGUGGAUCGGAUUCCGGUGGCUGCGGUGGUUUCUCAGGUGCCGUUGCGUGAUAAGUUGUCUUUACCUGUUGUACAGCCUAUAUUAGCUGCUAAUAUAAGUAAAAAGUUUUCCAAAGAGUUGAAAUUACAAAGUUCUGAAUCGAAUGUCUCGCCUACCUCUGUUAUUGUAUUUGAAUCUCAAAAUGGGGCUGUUGUUAGGGAUGAGUCUAUAAGUAAAGAACUAGCAUCAGGUUCUGAAAUUACUGUUUCUCCCAGCUCAGUUAAUGCGUUUGAGGAGAGAGGGCCUAGUAAUGGCGCCUGUGAUAUAUCUGGAGAAUUGUGUAGUUCUCAUGAUAUGCUACCUCCUUGUGGGGAUUAUGAAUCAGGGGAAAUUUCUGGUAUGGUUGACAUGUCCAUUGGGUUGGGAUCUUCCUCCAUAAGUCAUGAUCAUUCACAGGAGCUGCUGAAUGGGGUGGGGAGUUCUGGUACAUUGGGUUUCUCAGAUAGCUUUGAUAAAUCAAGGGAAUUGUCAGGAAUCUCGCAUAAAUCAAGGAUUUCUAGUGGUAACCAGCCAGAUUGGGCUUCAAAUGAAUCUGUGUUAAGUCUUGAAUACCCAUCUUCUCGAGUUUCUUCACGUAGGACUGGGGAUGGUCUUAACGAACCUAGUUGUGAUGCUAAGCGAGGUCCAGUUGUGACUUUCUGUGAUAUUGAGUCAGAGAACGAGGACAGUCAUGGAAACUUUCCCCCCGCUGAUCCUGAGGCAGUUCGGGUAAAGAAGGAACCUCCUGUCAAGGUGAAGAAGGGGGCUUGCUAUCGUUGCUUGAAAGGAAAUAGGUUUACUGAAAAGGAGGUCUGUUUAGUUUGUGAUGCUAAGUAUUGCUCUAAUUGUGUACUUAGAGCAAUGGGCUCAAUGCCUGAGGGAAGAAAGUGUGUCUCCUGCAUCGGUUUUUCAAUUGAGGAGUCAAAGCGGGGUAGCUUGGGAAAAUGCUCCAGAAUGCUGAAGCGGUUGCUUAAUGAUUUGGAGAUUCGUCAUAUUAUGAAAGCUGAGAAAGCCUGCGAAGUUAAUCAAUUACCACCAGAAUAUAUUGCUGUAAAUGGUCGGCCUCUAUGUCAUGAAGAACUGGUGGUUCUGCAAAGCUGUUCAAAUCCUCCAAAGAAAUUAAAACCUGGGAAUUAUUGGUAUGACAAAGUAUCUGGUCUUUGGGGCAAGGAAGGACACAAGCCUUCUCAAAUCAUUAGUCCCCAUUUGAAUGUUGGGGGCCCUGUCAAGCCAGAUGCUAGCGGUGGAAACACACAGGUUUACAUAAAUGGUCGUGAAAUUACAAAAGUGGAGCUGCGUAUGUUGCAGCUGGCCGGUGUCCAGUGUGCCGGAAACCCUCACUUUUGGGUGAACGAAGAUGGCUCUUACCAGGAAGAAGGACAGAAAAAUACCAAAGGUUAUAUCUGGGGCAAGGCUGGAACGAAGCUAGUUUGUGCUGUACUCUCCCUUCCGGUGCCUUCAAAAUCCCCUUGCACUUCUGGAGAUCAAGUGAAUAAUGUAUUCAGUCAAACUGCCCCUGACUACUUUGAGCAAAGGACACUUCAAAAGAUUCUUUUAAUAGGAUACAGUGGAUCAGGAACAAGCACCAUAUUCAAGCAGGCUAAAAUUCUUUACAAAGAAGUCCCUUUCUCAGAGGAGGAGCGUGAAAAUAUAAAGUUACUGAUCCAGAGCAAUGUGUUUAGAUAUCUUGGAAUACUUCUCGAAGGGCGAGAGCGUUUUGAAGAGGAGUAUUUGACUGAUUUAAGGGCAAAGCAUCUUCUAAAUGAUGAUGAGCUGGAAGGGCAUUCUGAUGAUUCAGAGAAACAGACUAUCUACUCAAUUGGUCCAAGGCUAAAAGAUUUCUCUGAUUGGCUUCUCAAGGUUAUGGUGUCAGGUAAUUUGGACGCCAUUUUUCCCGCGUCUGUUCGAGAAUAUGCUCCUCUGGUCGAGGAAAUGUGGAGUACUGCAGCUAUCCAGGCUACCUAUAAACGAAGAAGUGAAUUGGAAAUGCUACCUAGUGUUGCCAGUUAUUUCUUGGACCGGAUGGUUGAUAUACUGCGAUUGGAUUAUGAACCUACUGAUGUAGAUAUCCUCUAUGCUGAGGGUGUUACGUCAGCCAAUGGACUGGCUUGUGUAGACUUCUUAUUUCCAGAACCGGCAUAUGAGGCAGAUCCUGAGAGUGGUGAUCAGCUUGAUUCUCUACUAAGGUUAGCAACCGUUAGAUGCUUUAAAACUUGCGAAUUGCCUGUGAUUGAUUCCAACCUUCCAUUUGAUUUGUAUCUAGCUGAUUUCAUUCCCAUAUAUGGGUUCCAUCUGUACAUUUUUAAUGCUUAUGAUAAAAUGCUCUGUAGCAACUGAUACCUUUUUACACUGAAAUGUUUUUGGAAUUUCACCAAUUUAAGCAGUUAGAUGAACUAAUGUUUUUCCUGUAUCAUGUAACUGAAUCAUGGCCAAUUCAAUGGCUCACACUGUCAUUUUCUAAGUUGGAUGGUGUGUCAUGCUACUGAAAUCGUUUAGGAUUUGAGAUUUUCAUAUUAGAGGACCAAGGUGGUCCCUAAUUUAUUCGUUGGGAUAAUGUAAAACUUGGUAUGAAAGAUCUCUGGGGAUAAUACGGAUCCCUUUUCUUGUUUUGUAGUUUUCAGCUCAUCAGAGUACAGUCAAGAGGAUUUGGGGAAAGCUGCAAGUGGUUUGAGAUGUUGGAUGAUGUUCGAAUUGUGAUUUUUGCUGUUGCCUUGAGUGAUUAUGACCAAUUUCUUGUUGAUGAAGAUGGCAACUUAGUAAAUAAGAUGACAAUGAGCAAGAAGUUCUUUGAGAGCAUUGUUACUCAUCCAACUUUUGAGCAGAUGGACUUUCUUCUACUGCUUAAUAAGUUUGAUAUGUUUGAGCAAAAGUUAAGAAGUGUUUCUCUGACCGCAUGCGAAUGGUUUGACGAAUUUCAACCAGUAAUGAGUCAGCACCAUGCCAAUGCACCCUCUCUGGGACAGCUGGCUUCCCAUUUUGUUGCUGUCAAAUUUAAGAGAUUGUUUUCUUCACUCACUGGACGGAAGUUGUAUGUUUCGGUGUUGAAUGGUUUGGAGCCAAAUGGAGUAGAUCAAGCUCUCAGGUACGCAAGGGAGAUUGUCAAGUGGGAUGAAGAAAGACCCCAUUUUAGCGCAAGCGAGUAUUCAGUUUAUAGCACCGAGGCAAGUUCUUUCUCUCCCUGAAACGAGGACAGGUUAUGUAGGUAGUAUUUUGCUGCAGAGAUUCAUCAUUAUACGUCACCAUUGUACAUAAAUGGCAUGACAACGACAAGAGAAUUAAGGUUCCGAUGGCCAGCACGUGUGAUGGGAUCCGUUUUCUUUUGGAUGGUGUCAUCGAUCUUGUAGUCAUGCUUUGACAUCCUUUGUGUAGUCUAAUUUGUUCCGAGACAUUGACUAGUGUGUUAUAGUGUUACUCGAUGAUACAAAAUGGAAGUUGCUGAGCUUAGUUCUCUUUGUUUAUAGUUUGUGUAUGUAAACAGUCUGCAAAAUUGAUUACAAAAUCGGCCUGAAUCUAGAAAUGAUUGUGUAUUUAUGUUAAUAUUCAUGAAGAAAAUUUUCCUCUCGUUCAUGUUAAAUGACUCUUACAUUGGUGAAGAAGGCCUAAUAGAACUGAAUUUUGUCCUG